AUGAACACUUUGAGAGAUAUGUCGAAAGCUAGUCGGAGUAAAUCAGCCUAUGCCAAAGUGACUUAUAGUAAGGCAGCCACUUGUCAGGACGUGGUAGAAACAACAACACAAGUCAGACAACCAGCUUCUUCUUCUUCUUCACGUCGUGGCUCAGGCUGUUCCAAAACGCGACGAAGCUUAAAGUGGGCAGUUAUCAUUAGUGUUACACUCGGGCUUUUGAUCGUCGCAGCUGUUGCUGGUGUCAAAAUUUACUUUAAACUUGUGAAGAAAUCUAGCGACCAGUCCAUUUCGAAUCAAUUGGUAAAGCGGUGCGUCAGCGACAAGAAUACUUGCCCACAAGAUCCACACUUUUUACACUGGUGCAUGGGUGAACUUGUACAAACGAGUUGUACUGACGUAGUUGCUUCUUCAUCAAAGCAAUGCACCUGCCAACCCUGCAUCAACAUAUUGGACGGCUUUUUCUCAAACGAACAAGCUGUUACAGCAAUGCUGGACUCGCUGGAACAUAUUGUUGAUCAGCUGAUAAAAACCGGCAUAGACACACCUCUUACCUCUAUCAAAGGAUAUCAACCAAUAACAAAUCAAAAUGCUUUAGCUAUGGGUGAAAAUUGCGCAAAUGUUUCUUUGAACAGUGUCGCCUCACAACGCUCCAAGAGGGCCUUGGACGCAGCCUGCGAAAAUAGAAUGGCUAGAGAUUUAGCCCGUGUUGCAAUUAACAAUCUAGUGGCUUGUGCCAUAGGAGCCGCUUUGUUAUUCCCCGCGGCACCGGCUGCUUUUGCAUGGUGCUUUGUAAGGGGAUUUCUUACUGAUUUUAUCCCGACAGCAGUACCUGUUCUUAUUGAGUGUUGGAAAGACUGUCCGCCACCUCCAAGUGAUCCUCUAAGCGCCCUGAAAGAUUAUUUGAAAGGCGUUGGACCCAAAGUGCCAGGUGAAAUAAUCAGCAAUAUUCCGAAAGAUUAUUUCAAAGACCUUGGCAAAUUCGAACAGGCUAUGGCCGAAACAUCUCUGAAAGUGAUUGCGAAGGGUGUCGGCGGGCUCGUUAUUGCCGCCGAUACGGCUGAAGCUCUUAAAAAAACUAUUAAUACUUUGAUGACCGAUUGUAAGAAAACGACAACAAUACCAACAAACGCAAACUAUAAUGGUUGCUGCUGUACGCUUGGUAGCCCAAGCGAGUGUCACUGCACUUUGCCGGGUGGACAAAAAGUGUCCGCAGGUGUUCAGUGGAGAUGGGAACUGUAUUGCUACACUGGCUGUGCUUCGUACUGUCCACCCGCACUAGACUGCCAUUCGCAUUGUUAA